AUGGCGCUGGCGGGGACGGGGAUGUUCGCGGAGAUCCUGGACGGCGAGGUGUACAGGUACUACGCCGACGGCGAGUGGCGCAGCUCCGCCUCCGGCAAGUCCGUCACCAUCGUCAACCCCACCACCCGCAAGACCCAGUACAGGGUGCAAGCAUGCACCCAGGAGGAGGUGAACAAGGUGAUGGACGCGGCCAAGGUCGCGCAGAAGGCAUGGGCCCGGACACCGCUGUGGAAGCGCGCGGAGCUCCUCCACAAGGCGGCCGCGAUCCUGAAGGAGCACAAGGCACCCAUCGCCGAGUGCCUUGUCAAGGAGAUAGCCAAGCCGGCCAAGGAUGCUGUUUCUGAGGUUGUGCGGUCUGGGGAUUUGGUGUCGUACACAGCUGAGGAGGGUGUGCGGAUACUGGGGGAGGGCAAGCUGCUCGUUUCUGAUAGCUUCCCUGGUAAUGAGCGGAACAAGUACUGUCUGAGCUCCAAGAUACCCCUUGGAGUAGUUUUGGCAAUCCCUCCAUUCAACUAUCCUGUCAACUUAGCGGUUUCUAAGAUUGGCCCAGCACUAAUUGCGGGCAAUGCUCUUGUGCUCAAGCCUCCAACUCAGGGUGCUGUGGCUGCACUUCAUAUGGUACACUGCUUCCACCUGGCUGGUUUCCCGAAAGGUUUGAUCAGUUGUGUGACUGGGAAGGGUUCUGAAAUAGGAGAUUUUCUUACAAUGCAUCCUGGAGUCAACUGCAUAAGUUUUACUGGUGGCGAUACUGGUAUAGCCAUUUCAAAGAAGGCCGGAAUGGUCCCUCUUCAGAUGGAGCUUGGGGGCAAAGAUGCUUGCAUUGUGCUAGAGGAUGCAGAUCUAGACUUGGUUGCAGGAAAUAUAGUAAAGGGUGGUUUCUCUUACAGUGGCCAGAGGUGUACUGCUGUCAAAGUAGUACUGAUCAUGGAAUCAAUCGCUGAUGCCGUGGUACAGAAGGUUAACGCCAAGUUGGCGAAACUGAAAGUUGGCCCACCUGAGGACGACUCUGAUAUCACCCCGGUUGUAACAGAAUCCUCAGCCAACUUCAUCGAGGGUCUAGUGAUGGAUGCAAAAGAGAAAGGAGCAACCUUCUGCCAGGAGUACAGGAGAGAAGACAACCUUAUCUGGCCGUUGCUGCUGGAUCAUGUCCGCCCUGACAUGAGGAUCGCAUGGGAGGAGCCUUUUGGGCCCGUCUUGCCUGUGAUCAGGAUUAACUCAGUUGAGGAGGGCAUCCACCAUUGCAACGCCAGUAAUUUCGGCCUACAGGGAUGCAUUUUCACAAGAGACAUCAACAAGGCAAUCCUGAUCAGUGAUGCAAUGGAGACUGGAACUGUGCAGAUCAACUCUGCACCGGCUCGUGGGCCUGACCAUUUUCCCUUUCAGGGACUGAAAGACAGUGGCAUUGGAUCCCAGGGGAUAACAAACAGCAUUAACAUGAUGACCAAGGUGAAGAGCACUGUCAUAAACCUGCCGUCACCAUCCUACACCAUGGGCUGA